CGGACCGUGAGCCCGCCGCGGGGCGGAGGAAGGAGCCGCCCCCCACCCCCUCCAAACCUGCCCCCAAAGAUCCCUCCUCCCCUCCCCCCGCCGCCGCUGGCGCGGAGCCGGGACGAUGCUGACCCCUUAGAUCCUGCUCCAGCUGCGCCGCGGGAAGAGGGGGCGCCCCUCCCCGGACCCCUGUCCUCCACCGGGUGCCUCCCCCUUGUCUCUCCCCUUUCUGGGGGACGCUUCGCCGAAGGUAGCGCCGAUUCCGGCAGCAGCCGGAGGCAGGGCGCGAAGCGAAGAAGCCGGAACAAAGUGAGGGGGAGCCAGCCGGCUGGCCCGGGGGACCCCGGGGGCCCAGGGGAAGCAGCGGGACCCGCGCCAGGCGGGGCUUCCCUACGAUCCGGCGCCCCGCGGGCAGCAUGCCCCUGCGGGCAGGGGGAGCUGGGCUGAACUGGCCCUCCCGGGGGCUCAGCCAGAGCCCUAGAGCCCCCCAGAUGUGCCCCCGCCGGGGUCCCCCGGUUGCGUGAGGACACCUCCUCUGAGGGGGGCCGCUCGCCCCUCUCCGGAACCCCGGGGCCCCGGCUGGCCAGAGAAUGGACGAGGAGGAGGAUGGAGCGGGCACCGAGGAGUCGGGACAGCCCCGGAGCUUCAUGCAGCUUAACGACCUGUCUGGGGCCGGGGGCCGGCCGGAGCCGGGGUCGGCGGAAAAGGACCCGGGCAGCGCGGACUCCGAGGCGGAGGGGCUGCCGUACCCGGCGCUGGCCCCGGUGGUUUUCUUCUACUUGAGCCAGGACAGCCGCCCGCGGAGCUGGUGUCUCCGCACGGUCUGUAACCCUUGGUUCGAGCGCAUCAGCAUGUUGGUCAUUCUUCUCAACUGUGUGACCCUGGGCAUGUUCCGGCCAUGUGAGGACAUCGCCUGUGACUCCCAGAGGUGCCGAAUUCUGCAGGCCUUUGAUGACUUCAUCUUUGCCUUCUUCGCUGUGGAAAUGGUGGUGAAGAUGGUGGCCUUGGGUAUCUUCGGGAAGAAAUGUUACCUGGGAGACACUUGGAACCGGCUUGACUUUUUCAUUGUCAUUGCAGGGAUGCUGGAGUAUUCACUGGACCUGCAGAACGUCAGCUUCUCAGCUGUCAGGACAGUCCGUGUGCUGCGACCACUCCGGGCCAUUAACCGGGUGCCCAGCAUGCGUAUCUUGGUCACCUUGCUGCUAGACACACUACCCAUGCUGGGCAAUGUCCUGCUACUCUGCUUCUUCGUCUUCUUCAUCUUUGGCAUCGUUGGUGUCCAGCUGUGGGCAGGGCUGCUACGGAACCGAUGCUUCCUCCCUGAGAAUUUCAGCCUACCCCUGAGCGUGGACCUGGAGCGCUAUUACCAGACAGAGAACGAGGACGAGAGCCCCUUCAUCUGCUCCCAGCCACGGGAGAACGGCAUGCGGUCCUGCAGGAGUGUGCCCACACUGCGAGGGGAGGGUGGCGGCGGCCCGCCCUGUGGUUUAGACUACAACGCUUACAACAGCUCCAGCAAUACCACCUGUGUCAACUGGAACCAGUACUACACCAACUGCUCUGCAGGCGAGCACAACCCCUUCAAGGGCGCCAUCAAUUUCGACAACAUUGGCUAUGCCUGGAUCGCUAUCUUCCAGGUCAUCACGCUGGAGGGCUGGGUCGACAUCAUGUACUUUGUGAUGGAUGCUCACUCCUUCUACAACUUCAUCUACUUCAUCCUCCUCAUCAUCGUGGGCUCUUUCUUCAUGAUCAACCUGUGCCUGGUGGUGAUUGCCACGCAGUUCUCAGAGACCAAGCAACGGGAGAGCCAGCUAAUGCGGGAGCAGCGCGUGCGAUUCCUGUCCAACGCCAGCACUCUGGCUAGCUUCUCUGAGCCCGGCAGCUGCUAUGAGGAGUUGCUGAAGUACCUGGUGUACAUCCUUCGCAAGGCAGCUCGCAGGCUGGCCCAGGUCUCUCGGGCUGCAGGCGUGCGGGCUGGGUUACUGAGCAGCCCAGCAGCCCUCGGGGGCCAGGAGCCCCAGCCCAGUGGCACCUGCUCUCGCUCACACCGCCGCCUGUCCGUCCACCACCUGGUCCACCACCACCACCAUCACCAUCACCAUUACCACCUGGGCAAUGGAACGCUCAGGGCCCCACGGGCCAGCCCGGAGAUCAAAGAUAGGGAUGCCAGUGGGUCCCGCCGGCUCAUGCUGCCACCACCUUCGACACCCACCCUCUCUGGGGGGCCUCCAGGGGGUGCCGAGUCUGUGCACAGCUUCUAUCAUGCCGACUGCCACUUGGAGCCAGUCCGUUGCCAGGCGCCCCCUCCCCGGUCCCCAUCUGAGGCGUCUGGCAGGACUGUGGGUAGUGGGAAAGUGUACCCUACUGUGCACACCAGCUCUCCACCAGAGAUGUUGAAGGAGAAGGCGCUAGUUGAAGUGGCCCCCAGCUCUGGGCCCCCCAUACUCACCAGCCUCAACAUCCCACCUGGGCCCUACAGCUCCAUGCAUAAGCUGCUGGAGACACAGAGUACAGGUGCCUGCCACAGCUCCUGCAAGGUCUCCAGUCCCUGUUCCAAGGCAGAUAGUGGAGCCUGUGGCCCAGACAGCUGCCCCUAUUGUGCCCGAGUGGGCACAGGAGAACUGGAGCCCGCCGACCACGAGCUGCCUGACUCAGACAGCGAAGCUGUUUACGAGUUUACACAGGAUACACAGCACAGUGACCUCCGUGACCCUCACAGUCGACGACGGCGGAGCCUGUGUCCAGACACAGAGCCCAGCCCUGUGUUGGUCUUCUGGAGGCUGAUCUGUGACACUUUCCGAAAGAUUGUGGAUAGCAAAUACUUCGGCCGGGGAAUCAUGAUCGCUAUCCUGGUCAAUACCCUCAGCAUGGGCAUCGAGUACCACGAGCAGCCUGAAGAGCUCACCAAUGCCCUGGAGAUUAGCAACAUUGUCUUCACCAGCCUCUUUGCCCUGGAGAUGCUGCUGAAGCUGCUCGUAUAUGGCCCCUUUGGCUACAUCAAGAACCCCUACAACAUCUUUGAUGGUGUCAUUGUUGUCAUCAGCGUGUGGGAGAUCGUGGGCCAGCAGGGGGGUGGCCUGUCGGUGCUGCGGACCUUCCGCCUGAUGAGGGUGCUGAAGCUGGUGCGCUUCCUGCCGGCGCUGCAGCGGCAGCUCGUGGUGCUUAUGAAGACCAUGGACAACGUGGCCACCUUCUGCAUGCUGCUCAUGCUCUUUAUCUUCAUCUUCAGCAUCCUGGGCAUGCAUCUCUUUGGCUGCAAGUUUGCAUCUGAGCGGGACGGGGACACACUGCCAGACCGGAAGAAUUUUGACUCCCUGCUCUGGGCCAUCGUCACUGUGUUUCAGAUCCUGACCCAAGAGGACUGGAACAAAGUCCUCUACAAUGGCAUGGCCUCCACAUCAUCCUGGGCUGCACUUUACUUCAUUGCCCUCAUGACCUUUGGCAACUAUGUGCUCUUUAAUCUGCUGGUCGCCAUUCUGGUGGAGGGCUUCCAGGCAGAGGAAAUCAGCAAACGGGAAGAUGCGAGUGGACAGUUAAGCUGUAUUCAGCUGCCUGUCGACUCCCAGGGGGGAGAUGCCACUAAGUCCGAGUCAGAGCCUGAUUUCUUCUCACCCAGCGUGGAUGGCGAUGGGAACAGGAAGAAGCACUUGGCCUUGGUGUCCCUAGGAGAGCACCCGGAGCUGCGGAAGAGCCUGCUACCACCUCUCAUCAUCCACACAGCUGCCACACCCAUGUCGUUGCCCAAGAGCUCCAGCACCGGCCCUGGAGAGGCCCUGGGCUCUAGUUCCCGCUGUACUAGCAGCAGUGGGUCUGCUGAGCCUGGGGCAGUCCAUGAGAUGAAGUCACCGCCCAGUGCCCGCAGCUCCCCACAUAGCCCUUGGAGUGCAGCAAGCAGCUGGACCAGCAGGCGCUCCAGCCGGAACAGCCUGGGACGUGCCCCAAGCCUGAAGCGAAGGAGUCCUAGUGGGGAGAGAAGGUCCCUGUUGUCAGGUGAGGGCCAGGAGAGCCAGGAUGAGGAUGAGAGCUCAGAAGAAGAGCGGGCCAGCCCAGCAGGCAGUGACCGGCGCCAUCGAGGCUCCCUGGAGCGUGAAGCCAAGAGCUCCUUCGACCUGCCCGACACACUGCAGGUGCCCGGGCUGCACCGCACAGCCAGUGGCCGCAGCUCUGCCUCUGAGCACCAGGACUGCAAUGGCAAGUCAGCUUCGGGGCGCCUGGCCCAGGCCCUGCGGCCCGAUGACCCACCGCUAGAUGGGGACGAUGCGGAUGAUGAGGGCAAUCUGAGCAAAGGGGAACGGAUCCGAGCCUGGAUCCGAGCCAGGCUCCCUGCCUGCUGCCGUGAGCGAGACUCCUGGUCUGCCUACAUCUUCCCUCCUCAGUCGAGAUUCCGCCUCCUUUGUCACCGGAUUAUUACCCACAAGAUGUUUGACCAUGUGGUCCUCGUCAUCAUCUUCCUCAACUGUAUCACCAUUGCCAUGGAGCGCCCCAAAAUUGACCCCCACAGUGCUGAGCGCAUCUUCCUGACCCUCUCCAACUACAUCUUCACUGCAGUCUUUCUGGCUGAAAUGACAGUAAAGGUGGUGGCUCUGGGCUGGUGCUUCGGGGAGCAGGCGUACCUGCGCAGCAGCUGGAAUGUGCUGGACGGGCUGCUGGUGCUCAUCUCAGUCAUCGACAUCCUGGUGUCCAUGGUCUCCGACAGUGGUACCAAGAUCCUGGGCAUGCUGAGGGUGCUGCGGCUGCUGCGGACCCUGCGCCCGCUCAGGGUAAUCAGCCGGGCCCAGGGGCUGAAGCUGGUGGUGGAGACACUGAUGUCCUCCCUGAAGCCCAUCGGCAACAUUGUGGUCAUCUGUUGUGCCUUUUUCAUCAUUUUUGGCAUCCUGGGGGUUCAGCUCUUCAAAGGGAAGUUCUUCGUGUGCCAGGGUGAAGACACUAGGAAUAUUACCAACAAGUCUGACUGUACUGAGGCCAGCUACCGGUGGGUUCGACACAAGUACAACUUUGACAAUCUUGGCCAGGCUCUAAUGUCGCUGUUUGUGCUGGCCUCCAAAGAUGGUUGGGUGGACAUCAUGUAUGAUGGGCUUGAUGCUGUGGGCGUGGACCAGCAGCCCAUCAUGAACCAUAACCCCUGGAUGCUUCUGUACUUCAUCUCGUUCCUGCUCAUCGUGGCCUUCUUUGUCCUGAACAUGUUUGUGGGUGUGGUGGUGGAGAAUUUCCACAAGUGCCGGCAGCACCAAGAGGAGGAGGAGGCAAGGCGGCGGGAGGAGAAGCGGCUGCGGAGACUGGAGAAAAAGAGAAGGAGUAAGGAGAAGCAGAUGGCCGAUCUAAUGUUGGACGAUGUAAUUGCUCCCGGCAGCUCAGCCAGCGCUGCUUCAGAAGCCCAAUGCAAGCCCUACUACUCAGACUACUCCCGCUUCCGGCUGCUCGUCCAUCACCUGUGCACCAGCCACUACCUGGACCUCUUCAUCACCGGUGUCAUCGGGUUGAAUGUGGUCACUAUGGCUAUGGAACAUUACCAGCAGCCCCAGAUCCUGGAUGAGGCCCUGAAGAUCUGCAAUUACAUCUUCACUGUCAUCUUCGUCUUGGAGUCUGUUUUCAAACUAGUGGCCUUUGGCUUCCGUCGGUUCUUCCAGGACAGGUGGAACCAGCUGGACCUGGCCAUUGUGCUGCUGUCCAUCAUGGGCAUCACGUUGGAGGAAAUCGAGGUCAAUGCCUCGCUGCCUAUCAACCCCACCAUCAUCCGUAUCAUGCGGGUGCUUCGCAUUGCCCGAGUGCUGAAGCUGUUGAAGAUGGCUGUGGGCAUGCGGGCGCUGCUGGAUACAGUGAUGCAGGCUCUGCCCCAGGUGGGGAACCUGGGACUUCUCUUCAUGUUGUUAUUUUUCAUCUUUGCAGCUCUGGGUGUGGAGCUCUUUGGAGACCUGGAGUGUGACGAGACACACCCUUGUGAGGGCCUGGGCCGGCAUGCCACCUUCCGGAACUUUGGCAUGGCCUUCCUGACCCUCUUCCGAGUCUCCACAGGUGACAACUGGAACGGCAUUAUGAAGGACACCCUGCGGGACUGUGACCAAGAAUCUACCUGCUACAACACAGUCAUCUCACCCAUCUACUUCGUGUCCUUCGUGCUCACGGCCCAGUUCGUGUUGGUGAAUGUGGUGAUUGCCGUGCUGAUGAAACACCUGGAGGAAAGCAACAAAGAGGCCAAGGAGGAAGCUGAGCUGGAGGCCGAGCUGGAGCUGGAGAUGAAGACACUCAGUCCACAACCCCACUCACCACUGGGCAGCCCUUUCCUUUGGCCUGGGGUUGAGGGCCCCGACAGCCCCGACAGCCCUAAAUCCAGGGCCCCCCAUGCAGUGACCCAUGCCGGAGCAGCCUCACACUUCUCUCUGGAGCACCCCACGAUGGAGCCCCACGUCAAGGAGGUACCCCUCACACUGGGACCCGAUUUGCUGACUGUGCGCAAGUCUGGGGUCAGCCGGACGCACUCUCUGCCCAAUGACAGCUACAUGUGCCGGGAUGAGAGCACUGCGGAGGGGUCCCUGGGACACAGAGGCUGGGGGCUUCCCAAAGCCCAGUCAGGCUCCAUCUUGUCGGUCCACUCCCAGCCAGCAGAUACCAGCUAUGUCCUGCAGCUUCCCAAAGAUGCACCACAUUUGCUCCAGCCUCACAGUGUCCCCACCUGGGGCACCAUCCCUAAAAUUCCCCCACCCGGCCGCUCCCCUCUGGCUCAGAGGCCACUCAGGCGCCAGGCAGCAAUAAGGACCGAUUCCUUGGACGUGCAGGGCCUGGGCAGCCGGGAAGACCUGCUGUCGGAGGUGGGCAGGCCCUCCCCACCUCUGGCUCGUUCCUCCUCCUUCUGGGGCCGGUCCAGCAUCCAGGUACAGCCACAUUCCCACAGCAAGCUCCAGUCGAAGCACAUGCCCCCACCAGCCCCCUGCCCAGGCCUGGAUCCUAAUUGGGGCAAAGACCCUCCAGAGACCAGAAGCAGCUUAGAGCUGGACACAGAGCUGAGCUGGAUUUCAGGAGACCUCCUGCCUACCAGCAGCCAGGAUGAGCCCCCAUCCCCACGGGACCUGAAGAAGUGCUACAGUGUGGAGGCUCAGAGUGGCCGGCGCCGGCCUGCAUCCUGGCUGGAUGAUCAGAGGAGGCACUCCAUCGCGGUCAGCUGUCUGGACAGUGGCUCUCAGUCCCGCCUGGGUCCAGACCCCUCAAGCCUUGGGGGUCAGUCUCUUGGAGGCCCUGGGAGCCGGCCCAAGAAAAAACUCAGCCCACCCAGUAUCUCUAUAGACCCUCCGGAGAACCAGGGCCCUCGAACCCCAUCCAGCCCUGGAAUCUGCCUCCGGAGGAGAGCUCCGUCCAGCGACUCCAAGGAUCCCUUGGCCUCUGGCCUCCCUGACAGCAUGGCUGCCUCGCCCUCCCCAAAGAAAGAUGUACUGAGUCUCUCUGGUUUGUCCUCUGACCCAGCAGACCUGGACCCUUGAGUCCCACCCACUCUCCCAUUCACCUUUCUCCACUGGGUGCACAUCUUAACUCCUCCUGGGCCAUAUGCCUGAGAAGUCCCAUAGAGACACCUAGGAGGCUGCCCUCCCUGCCUCCAUGGUUCUGGACACCUGCAAGCAGGACUUCCAGAGAGUCCGAAGCGCAGCCCUGGCAAUUCCGGCUCCAGGCAGAAAGCAAGGGAGAGGCCCAGCAUGGCCGAGGUUCCCACACCAGGAGCUAUUGGGAGAAAGCAAUACGUUUGUGCAGAAUCUCUAUGUAUAUUCUAUUUUAUUAAAUUAAUUGAAUCUAGUAUAUGCCGGAUGUACGACAUUUUGUGACUGAAGAGACUUGUUUCCUUCUACUUUUAUGUGUCUCAGAAUAUUUUUGAGGCGAAGGCGUCUGUCUCUUGGCUAUUUUAACCUAAAACAACCAGUCUAGUUAUUCCCUCUUCUUGUAAAGCACAAGCUGGGACCUUGCGUGCAUUUCCAGCCCCGACAGGGGCCUAUCUUCUGCGGAGAGUGAGAAUCAUUUUGGAAACUGUAAUGUAACUUAUUUUCUCCUUUAAUCUCCUCAUCAUUUUCUGUAGGGGGAAAAAAAAAAACAAAAAAAAAAAAGAGAAAAAGGAAAAAAAUGAGAUUUUACAAAUGAAAUGGAACCUUUUUAUAUAUACAUACAUACAUAUCUAUAUAUCUAUAUAUCUAUAUAAAAUAAAGUAAUUUUCCAAAAUAA